GGUAUGGUAAGUUGGGAAAGCACUUGACUGCGUGAGGAGCAAGUUGGUGCGCGAUCCUUGCAUAAAAAAAAAACAAAAAACAUAUUUACUGGGGUUAAGACACGCAAACAACGACGUGGAACGCAGAGGGACAUAUGGUUGUAUGGCACCUCAGCUGUGCGUCAUGAAUCCUGCGCAGGGAUCGCCACCUUCGGCCGCACCGGGGGACACGUCCACGGAGGAGCGCGCCUCCGGGGGCUCCGCAUCAGAGCAGCUCAACUCGUCACCUGUCGCCAGGUGUAAAAGCAAAAGUGUGGAUCUGCCUUUCAGCGUGGAGUCACUCAUGUCGGACCGUACGCAGGCUAGAAGUCAACAAUCCUCGGAGCCCAGCGCGCGGGUUGUAGAAGAGGACGCGGGGCGCAUUUCGCCGGUGGAACUUAAUCGGUUCAAAGCCGAGAAUGUGGAUAUCAACGACAAGGAGAGCAGCCCCUGGGUACAGUCUUCCUAUGCAUCACCUCCCAGACUCCCCAGCCCGAGCCACUGCAACCUGCGCAAACACAAGAACAACAGGAAACCCCGAACCCCGUUCACGAGCACUCAGCUGCUGUCCCUGGAGAGAAAGUUCCGCCAGAAACAGUACCUGUCCAUCGCCGAGAGAGCAGAGUUUUCCAAUUCCCUCAGCCUCACAGAGACACAAGUGAAGAUCUGGUUUCAGAACCGUAGGGCCAAGGCCAAGAGACUGCAGGAGGCCGAGCUGGAGAAAUUCAAGCUGGCCGCCAAGCCGCUCCUGCCGGCCUUCGCCUUCCCCUUCCCCCUGAGCGCACCCAUGGGCGCACCGGCCCUCUACGGAGCUGUGAACAGCCCGCGGCCCGCCUUACCGGUUCCGAGACUAUUUGGUGGACCCUAUGGGAUGUACUACUUGUCUUAACACCGCAUUGCAUUGGACACUUUGCGUGCACAUGUGUGAGCGUGUGCGCCUUGCCUUAAAAUGACCUCCAUGCCACAAGGCAACAAAAGUCAAAUCUGAUAAACAUUAAUGUGAGAAUAUUUAUUUAGUAGGGAAAAAAAUCGCAUAAAAUUGUUAAUAAAUAAACAAACAGUUAAAUAAUUGUUAUAGUCGGCCUUAAUCAUUUUACACUUGACUGGUUAAUCAAAAAUGGACAUUUUGGCAGUGUAGUAAAAAGGAACAAAUUGCACAACUUUUAAAAUUCCAGGUGUUUUCUAUCAAAAUUCUAUUUCUCAAAAACAAUAUUUUUUAAUACCUAAGGUAAAAACGGGAAAUUUUGACAAUAUUCUGAUGUUGAUCAUUUGUAUUGGAUUUACUUGUGUAUUGAUGUACAAAAUAUAACGGGAUUUACAAGCCAAAAAUAAUGUUUGAUGUGACCUUCCUAAAAUUGUAAUCCAAAGAUAUAAUAUUGUAAGACAGUCCAAGAACAUUGCACAGAAGACACAAGCGCUAUAUUAAGCAAUAAUUGUACUCAAAUUUAAAACGGACGCUGAGCUUUCCAUGGACAUUAUGCCAAGUCAACAUACCUUCCUUUUGCCCACAUUAAUAAUCUUUACACCAUUGACCUUUAAAUUAAAAUGUACUUCUAAGUUUGUUUUGGUUUUACUUUGCAGUCAUUUGAAAAGCUCUUAUUAGACAACAGCAGGCACCGUUUUUAUCUGUAAAUAAAAAUUGAUGACUUAUUUUAUA